UAGCAGGUGACGACGAUUAGAUAUAUUACGGGAAGGAAGGAAGGUUUGACUCGCAAGACUUCUGAAGUGCCUGUCUGCCUGCAAGAGGGAGAGCCAAGAAAAGAAAACGAAGGGAAUUUAUAUCAUCAAGAAAGAGAUCCACUGAAUACCUUUUGUAUCUCCAGUUGCAAGCAAUAAUUGGAGAGGUUUUUCUUGUUUGCAUCUCCAAUUUGAGGGCCUAUGGCCAGUCUUGUGCUGCUGUCUCUGUUCUUCGAAAUUCUGUAUGGCUGGGCCCAUGAGUUUCCGGCUACUAGUAACCAUGACAAUGGGCACGUCGCCGCCGCUUUUCAAGCUCCGGCGUGCCGUUCUUUGUUAAUGGAUCAAAAAAUGGAAAGAAGAGAGACUGCCUUAGUGGCUACAUUGGAUGGUACUAUUUUUCUGUUGGAAGUAGGUUCUAUGGAACCAGUAUGGUCGUUUUCAUCCGGGCCACAAAUUUACUCUUCAUAUCAAGCUCCUAUCAAUGGAACCGGAGUCGAAUUAGAAAACUAUUACUUCAUUGAUUGUGGUGAUGAUUGGGAACUUUACAUGCACUAUUUUCUUGGCAAAGCGAAACUUAUGAAGAGUCCCGAAGAGUAUAUAAGUUCAACUCCUCAAAUAGCUGAGGAUGGAGGAAUUGUGAUAGGUUCCAAGAGAACAGUUGUCUUUCUAGUUGAUGCACAAACUGGAAGAGUGAUCCAUACGAUAUCCGAUUCAAAGUCAGGAAUGCAGUCUGGUGAUAUUCCUUUUAACGCCUCUUUCAAUGAGCCGAAGGGAUAUGAUUCACCACUUCGCAUCACAAGGACUGAUUACUUAUUGACAGCGUAUAUGCCAAAUUCAAAAGAAGUUCUGUGGAAUGUGACAGUUGCUGACAUAGGGGUUGCUUUACUUUGUCCAGAUGCCCACAAUGCAUUUGAGCUCAUUCAUUCUAAAUCUUCUGAGCACAAUCUGCCUUAUAAAAUGCCACUACCAUGUCAGUCAAGGGCGAGAGUCUAUCGCCUCCGCACCUAUAAUAUGCCAGAAACAUUAUCAAAACAAUACAGGCUUCCGGAAGUUUCUAAUGAAGAUGUGAUGCCUCAGGCAUUUACAACUGCUGAUGUUCUUCCAUCACAGCCCAAUAUCGAUAAAGUUCUGAAGCUUAUUUCUUCAUCUCGCCACAGUGACAAGGGUGUGGAUGCACAAAGUGGCAAGAACACUGAUGGUUCUCUUCCCCAGCUUGCAUUCAACGAGAAUUAUGAAAUGCUUACUGCAGAUGAUGCUAAAGUACGAUCUUCUUAUUGGAACCUCAUCACAUCUCCACUUUUUAUAUUGGUUCUAGGAUUGGUUAUCUGCUCUUACACUUACUCUAGAAUAAGAGGCAUGUUGGUUGAUGCCAAUUCUAGAGAAGUUGGAAAUAGUGGUGGCAAUAGUGCAAACCUAGGUGCAGAGCAAAAUGAUGUUGGGCAGUCUAUAUCUUCUGGUAGAGAAGUGUACUCAAUUGGUAAGUUAGUUGUUUACAAUGAAGAAAUUGCAAAAGGUAGUAAUGGGACUAUUGUUUACCAAGGAAUAUAUGGAGGUCGUCCUGUUGCAGUGAAGCGCCUUAUGAUGGCCUACUAUGACAUUGCCUUAAAAGAAAGUCAAAAUCUUAUUGCCUCCGAUGACCAUCCAAAUAUUGUGAGAUGGCAUGGAGUGGAGAAAGACCAACAUUUUGUAUAUCUUGCAUUGGAGCGGUGUGAUUGCAACUUAAACGAUAUUAUUCUUAUGCACGCAAGGAACCUGCAUGCUGAGGAGGUGACUGAGGGUACGGUCCAGUUGGAUUCAAUUAAAGGCCUGAUGGAGGGUUAUGAGCUGUGGAACUCAGAUGCCUAUCCUUCCCGUUUUUUGCUGAAAUUGAUGAGGGAUGUAGUUUCUGGGAUUGCACAUCUACAUAUAAUUGGAAUGAUUCAUCGGGAUUUGAAGCCCCAAAAUGUGUUGAUAACAUGCAAAAGAUCUCUCUGUGCAAAGGUUUCCGACAUGGGUAUAAGCAAGUUCCCUGGUGGAGACAUGUCUUCCUCGAGUAAUCAUUCCACAGGCUGUGGAAGUUCCGGAUGGCAAGCUCCCGAACAACUCCUCAACAAGCGUCAAACCCAGGCUGUCGAUUUGUUUAGCCUUGGUUGUGUUCUGUUUUUCUGCGUUUCUGGUGGUAGACAUCCAUUUGGGAACCGUCUAGAACGUGACAGGAACAUUGCCAGAAAUGAAGUCGAUGUGUCCCCUGUGGAUCAUAUUCCGGAAGCGGUGCAUCUUUUCUUGGGGCUAUUGAACCCCAUUGCCGAAUUGAGGCCGAAAGUAUUGGAUGUGCUUUGCCAUCCUCUCUUUUGGGAUGCCGAGAAGCGGCUUUCCUUCAUCCAGGACACAAGUGAGAGAUUGCAACUAGAAGAUAAGGGAACUGACUCCAACUUGGAUCUUCUGGGAUCAUUAGAAACUAUAGCUCCCGCAGCUUUCGGAUCCAAGUGGAACGACAAGUUGGAGUAUAUAUUUCUUAACAACAUGGGGCGCUACAGGCGCUACAACUAUUACAGCGUCCGCGACUUGCUGAGAGUCAUGCGCAACAAGCUGACUCACUACGGGGAGCUUCCCCCCGAAAUUCAGGAGCUACUGGGGCCUGUUCCAGAAGGAUUCGAUAGGUUUUUCCGGAUUCGAUUCCCCAAGCUGUUGAUCGAAGUAUACAAAGUAAUGCAGCAACACUGUAAGACAGAAAAGUGUUUUUCAAAGUACUUCUACCCUUCAAACUAAUACAAAACCAAACCAGCUUUUUUUUUUUUUUUUUACCAAACCAGCUUUGAUGCUUUGAGCUUAUGUCUGUGGUAAAAGAUUAUUAACGCACAAGGCAAACUUCUGAAUAAAAAUGUAAAAAUAGACAGCCAAUGUUAAUACAAAUGUAGAAGUACAGAUGUGAUAGUUCCACACUUCAGUAUCAUGUACAUUAAUAAAUAAUAUCAUAACUCAUGUUGUAUGCAAAUUGGGGAAGAGAACCACUAUUUCUUCCUUUAUUCUUA